CGAGCGCGCAGGCGAAUGGUUCAUUGUUCAGUUAGCUGAAAUUAAAAUUCAGAUCCAGUCUUAGAUCUAAAUAUUAUUCAAAGUGAAAUAUUAAGUAUACGAAUAUCAAUAAUAAAAACAUACUGUUAUUUACAAACUGAAUAUAAUUCCAAGCUUGGUUUAUAAUUUUCCUUUGUUUUGAUUGUUGUGCUCUUUUCGGGACGAAACUAGUUUAAGUGUUGAAAUUUGCAUAAAAUCGUUAAGCAAAUAAAAAACAUUUUUAACUCCUCUAACUAUAGUGCGUAAUAGUUUGAUUAUAAAACAAAUAAAAGAAGUACGUUGAAACAAUUUAUAUAACACUCGAGUUUUGGCGCCUUAAUUUAAUUCCUUUACGCCCAACUCAAGUUGCACCAAAAUGCAGCCCUUGAAGCGUUUCACACAAUGUGGCAGCUUGACCAUGCUCUUUGGCGUCUUCAUCAUACUCUUUGGGGUGAGCUCGACGGCAUUGACCACAUUCGGCAAGACCAAUAAUCAACCGCCACCCACUCAGGGACCCAUAAUCAAAGGUCGCGAGUGCAACAAUCACGAUGAUUGCUCGGCCAUAGACCGUACCAGCUGUGUGAAGGACACCAAUGAUUACAAGAUGCGAUGCCUUUGUGGAGAUGAUACACCACCAAUGAAUGGACUUUGCCCAGAUGUGCUCAAAGGAUUGCGCCACAAGUGCAACAGCAAUAAUGAUUGUGAGGACGGGAUGGUUUGUCAAUUCGAGAACAAUAAUCGGACCAUCGGAGUAUCCAAGUUCAUGUCAAGUAAAACCAAACUCUGUCUGUGUGAUAAUGAUAAUGGCUAUGUGGAGGAUAUAUUGCACGAUAUUUGCAGUGGAGCAAAUCAACAAACUCUUGUAAACAUUUUGGUAUCUGUCUGCACUCUGAUGGCGCCGUUUGUCUACUCCGCCCACAUGAGCAUGAGAAAGCAUUUCUAGAAGGCGACUUAGGUCAUGGCAAGAGAAAUGCUAUUCAACAAUUUACGUUUAUGUCCUUUAGUGAUCCAUCAAAUGUGCCUCAAUAAAUCAAAAAAGAAAGAUCUUGUUCAAAUACAUUUUAUGCUCCCGAUAUUGCUCCCCGAAUUCAAUAAGCUAUCAAAUUGGCGUAAUAAAUAGAUAAAGUGCAAGUUGCAGUCGUCAUUAGCCCAAAUGUCGUUAUAUUGUAUAAGUUUCAUAAGUACCACCGUCAAUUUUAUUCGCUUCUCACACAAAGUCGCGUUAUACAUAGUUUACAAAUGUACGUAUUGUCUAAUAAAGGUUUUAUAUAGAUAUCCUUACCAAA